CGAGCCCCCCGAGUCCCCCGAGCCCCCGGAGCCCCCAGCCCCCGCCGCUCCCGGAGCCCGCCGCCGAGCCUGCGGGAGGCCAUGGAGCGGCGCGGCCCCGUCCACGCGCUGCCCGAGGAGAUCCGCAAGAUGUCCCGGGAGCAGACAGUGUGCAAGUACUGCGGAGUCAGCUACCUGACACUGCAUGAGUUCAAGGUGAUGGAAGACAAAGUCAGAGCCAUGGAGAAGGAGAUUAAAGUUUAUAAGGGAAGUCUGGAACGGGAGCAGAGGCUUCAGGCAGAAUUGCAGGCUCUCCACCACGACCUUGAGCGCUGCCGGGCUGAGAGCGAAUCCAAAACCGAAAGGAUAAAAACCCUGACAGUGGAACUUAAAACCAAGCAGGAGGAGAUGAAAACUGUAAAAGCUGAUUUGCAGUAUUUCCAGGAGGAGAAGGAAGCUGCCUACAAGCAGUCACAGGUGCUCAGAACUACCUUGGAACACCAUUGCUCCACCCUGAACAAGGCUGUCUCACUGUUCCCUUUCAUUAGAAGUGAAUUAGACAGUAUUAAAGAGGUCAUCUCCACCAACAUGGAGAACUUUGCUGCCAUGAAGGAAGAAAUUUUUCGGCAAAUAAAAGCCAUGAGCAAAGAAGCUCUGACAGAAAUACCCAAAUUGAACCAAAGAUUGGCAAAAUCGCAUCGGGAGAACGAGUGUCUCCAGGAGAAGGUCAAACACCUCACUGAGGUGGCUGACACAGUAGAGCUGAAAACUCAGCAGCUCCAGACUUCCCUUCAGCAGGGGAACGAGCUCCAGAGUCGGUGCCGUGAGCUGCAGAAGGAAACUCUGGAUUUAACAAAUCAGGUGGAGACAGCUGGCCUGCAGCUGCAGAAGGUGACAGCAGAGAUGGAGCACUACAAGAAGCUGUUGCUGGUGAAGUCAACAGAACUCGAUGUCUGUCAAAAAGAACUGAAAAAGAUCAAAUAUGAGAAUGGAAUUGCUGAGUCCAGACUUACAAAAGAGCUGAAGGAAAAGGAGGAAUCCCUUCUCGUUUGCCAACAAGUCUGCAAACAUUUACAGGAGGAAGUGGCUGAGAAAGAAAGGAGAGAAGAAGAUCUGAAAAGAAGAACUGGGAGAUCAGAGAGUGAGCUGGAAACCCUUAAAGCUGUCCUGAGCCAAACAGAGCAGGAGGUGCUGAUGCUGAAACAGGAAAGGGAGCUGCUGAAGAGCAGGAUGGAGCAGCUGCAGGAGGCGCUGAGGCAGAAGGUGCAGAGCGAGGACUCCUGGAGGGACAAGCUGGAAAUGGACCUGGCCAAAGGGGAGGCUCGGCACAAAGAAGCAAUUCUGAAAGUCAGGGAAGAGGCCAAAGUGGAGCUGGAGCUGGAGAGAAAAAACCAGCAGGAGCUGAUCACAAAAUACCAGAGGGAACACGAGGAGCUCCAGCAGAAGAUCCCAGGUUUAAUAUCCAGUGCCACCAAGAGCUUGAGGAUGGAGAUGGAAAUUCUGGAGAAGAAGCUCCAAGAUGCACAAAUGAAAGUGGCAGAGAAGGAUGGAGACAAGGAAAAAGAAAUCCAGAGCCUUAAAAGGCUCAUCAGCGAGCUUGAGUUCCAGCUGACCAUGGAAAAGAGCAACAGUGAAUCAUUCCUGGACAAACUGAGGAAAGAAAUUAAGCACAAGUCAGAUGAACUGGAAAAACUAACCCAGGAGAAGACACAGCUGAUUCACAGUUUGAGUCAAGUUCAGGAGGAGAAUUCCCUGCUGCAGGACACGGUGCGCCGGGAGUGUGAGGAGCGCUUCGAGCUGACGGCGGCUCUGGGCCGGGCCCGGGACCAGGUGCUGGAGCUGCGGCGGCUCAGUGGGACCCUCCCGGCCCCGCUGCCCCCCGGGGAUCUCCGGGAUCUCCGGGAUCUCCGGGAUCUGCGGGAUCUGCGCCUCUCCGGAGCCCUGGGCAGCACCAGAUCCCUGGAUCCUCCCAAGGGAAGGGCGGCCAGGAUGAGGCACCGGCCCAGCCAGCUCUGAGCUCCACCUGGGAAACCAUUCCUCACCUCCUGAACUCACCCAUUCCUGCAAUUUAAAAUCCAGUUGAUUUUUUUUAUUUAUAUUUUGUGCAAUAACUUUUAUCUAUCCAUUAAUUUAUUCAUGGUGUAAUUAAGUGCCGGGCGCAUUUCAAGAUGAGAAAAGUAAAAAAAGUCUCUCCAAGAGGAGCAGAAAGAGCAGCACAUCUUCAGUGACUGGGAUUGAAAUCAGAAACCCCCUGGAUGCCCGAAGGUUUGGGUUGGAAGGACCUUCACGUUCAUCCCAUUGCAAUGCCCUGGCCCUGGGCAGGGAAUAAUGGCCCAGCACCGCAGCAUCCAGGAGGGAUGGGGCUGGGAGCAGCCUGGGCAGGAACCUGGAGGAGCUUUGAGAUCCCUUCCAACCCAAACCAGCCACGAUUCCACCAUCUCAAACCUGGGCUCCUCUCCCCGUUUGUGUCCUGGAGCAGUAAAGGGCAGCUGUGGCCAGGGAGGAGCAGCACAGAAAAUUCCGGGAGCAGGAGCGGGAUCACGGCUCUGGCACGAGGGAGUGGCCAGGUCCUGGAGGCAAACCAAGUCCAGAACAAAUAUUUCCCUUCUCCCCCUUCCUCCCAGAACCUGCUGCUAAGCAAUAAACAAAAUCUGGAAAUGUCAGGGACCCUUUUUUACCGGCUUUGAAAACAAUUUAAUGAAUCUCACCAUGUCAAGGAAAGUUUACCAAGUGUUUUCCAUGGUGGGAUGACAGGCAGAGCACAAAGUGCCACAGAGGAUGUGGACACCUCAUUACAGCCCUGAAAUUUUAGGAAAUCAAAUUUCCUGUAGGAAGUUCUUGUAAGAGGCUGUCAGGGUCCCUGAGGCAAAGCCAAACAAACCUGUCCCUGUGGAUUGUGCCCUGCUGGCCGUGGGGUGCUGCCCGCUCUGGAAGGAGCUCCUACAGCCCUGGAAGGAGCUCCUACAGCCCUGACCCUUCCCAGAAGGGAUCUCCUGUGCCAGGGAGGGACAUGGGGCUCGGUGGGCUGGGGCUGCUGCUCUGUGUGAGCCCCAGACACAUCCCUGGCGUGGCCAAACCCCUCCUGACUGACCCUGCCAGGGGAUCCCUCCCUGCUCCCAGGGCACAGAGGGACAGCACAAGAGCAGCCCUGGAAUCUCAGCCAGUGCCUCAGGGGGCUCAUCCUUUUCCCACCUGAAGCUGCCCAAAAUGUUCUCCACAGAUAUGAUGGAGAGUCCAGCUCCUGUCUGGUCCUACUGCUCCUUCAGCAGAAAUUGGGAUCAGCAGUGGCCAUGCACAGCUUGCCAUGGAUAUCACUUCAUUCCCACUGGGAUAUCACAAACCAAAGCUGGGAUGAUCACUAGACCUUGCUCUGAGGUGUGUGUAGGAUCUGAGAUCCCGACUGUGCCUUGCAGAUGGAGUUUUUCUGCAAAAGAAAAAAUUGGACUGCAGGAAAAAGCAUCUUAGUUCCUAAGCAGUGUUAAAAGUGCAUGGAAAUAGAAACUGAUGCCACAGAUCAUUAAAAUGUAUUAAUCAAAAUAAAAGCAUGACUGUC